UAUAUGUAAAUGCCAGCCCAGGAGCUUCCUAGUAGGGACACCACCUGUGAAACCCUCACAAAGCCAACUUCUUGCAACCUCCAAGCUGAGGGCCUCAUCAGAGUCGGGGAGGGACCCACUCCCUAGGAGACGGCAAGAUUCUGAUAGAGAUGUCUAGAGCCCUAGACAGCCGGUGGUGAUCAUGUAGGCGCCAUGGAGACUGCUAUGUGUGUUUGCUCUCCAUGUUGUACAUGGCAGAGAUGUUGUCCUCGAUUAUGCUCCUGUCUGUGCUGCAAGUUCCUCUUCACCUCAGAGCGGAACUGUACCUGCUUCCCCUGCCCGUAUAAGGAUGAGCGCAACUGCCAGUGCUGCCACUGCACCUGCUCCGAGAACCCCAACUGCCACUGGUGCUGCUGCUCCUGGGCCAAUGACCCCAACUGCAAAUGCUGCUGCACGACCAGCAGCAACCUCCAGUGCUACUACUAUGAGAGCCGCUGCUGCCGCAAUGCCACCAUCACGUUCCGCAAGGGCCGCCUCAGGAGCAUCCGCACCUCCUCCAAGACCGCGCUGCGCAUCGGGGCCAGCGACACCCAAGUGGAUGAAGUGAAGCCCACACCUGCGAACAGCAACCUGGUGGACCAUCUCUCCUGCCCCAUGUGCAGCCGGCUGCGCCUGCACUCCUUCAUGCUGCCCUGCAACCACAGCCUGUGCGAGAAGUGCCUGCGGCAGCUGCAAAAACACGCCGAGGUCACAGAGAACUUCUUCAUCCUCAUCUGCCCCGUGUGCAGCCGCUCGCACUGCAUGCCCUACAGCCACAAGAUGCAGCUGCCCGAGAACUACCUGCGCGGGCGGCUCACCAAGCGCUACAUGCAGCAGCACGGCUACCUCAAGUGGCGCUUCGACCGCUCCUCCGGGCCCAUCGUCUGCCAGGUCUGCCGCAACCGGCGCAUUGCCUACAAGCGCUGCAUCACCUGCCGUCUCAACCUGUGCAACGACUGCCUCAAGACCUUCCACUCGGACGUGGCCAUGCAGGACCACGUUUUCGUGGACACCAGCACCGAGGACCAGGAUGAGAAGAUCUGCAUCCACCACCCGUCCAGCCGCAUCACUGAGUACUGCCGCCACGACAACCAGCUGCUCUGCACCUUCUGCAAGACGGCUUUCCACAACGGCCACGACACCAUCAGCCUCAUCGAUGCCUGCUCCGAAAGGGCCGCCGCACUCUUCAGCGCCAUCGCCAAGUUCAAAGCAGUCCGCUAUGAGAUUGAUAAUGACCUAAUGGAGUUCAACAUUUUAAAAAACAGCUUUAAAGCUGACAAGGAGGUGAAGCGAAAAGAGAUCCGAAAUGGAUUUCUCAAGCUGCGCAGCAUUCUACAGGAGAAGGAGAAGUCCAUCAUGGAGCAGAUAGAGAAUCUGGAGGUGUCUAGGCAGAAGGAGAUUGAAAAAUAUGUGUACGUCACAACCAUGAAAGUGAAUGAAAUGGAUGGCCUGAUCGCCUAUUCCAAGGAAGCACUGAAGGAGACAGGCCAGGUGGCGUUCCUGCAGUCUGCCAAGAUUCUCGUGGACCAGAUCGAAGAUGGCAUCCAGAGCACCUAUAGGCCUGACCCGCAACUCCGGCUACACUCCUUGCACUGUAUGCCCCUGGACUUUGCUGAGCUCAGCAGUGCCAUCCAUGAGCUCUUCCCCACAGGACCCAAGAAGGUAUGCUCCUCAGGGGACUCCUUGCCCUCCCACUAUCCCAUGCACUCAGAAAUGAUGAUGGCCAGGAAGGUUACUUUCAGCACUCACAGCUUCGACAACCAACAGAUAUACCAGCGAAGCUCCUCCUUGUUGUCCUUCAAUGCCACGGGUGGUGAGAAGGCCAAGAUGGGUCUGGAAGCCUAUGGGCGAGCCCAAUCUGCCUCACCUGCCAAACCCACAGAUGGCCUCUAUACAUACUGGAGCGCAGGGGCAGAAAACCAGUCUGUGCAGAACAGCAACAGCUUCCACAACUGGUACUCAUUCAAUGAUGGUUCUGUGAAGACCCCAGGCCCAAUUGUUAUCUACCAGACUCUGGUGUAUCCUAGAGCCGCCAAGGUUUAUUGGACAUGCCCAACAGAAGAUGUGGACUCUUUUGAGAUGGAAUUUUAUGAACUCAUUACUACCCCUCCUAACAAUGUGCGGACAGAGCUUUGUGGGCAAAUUCGGGAUAUAAUGCAGCAGAAUCUGGAACUGCACAAUCUGACCCCCAAUACUGAGUAUCUGUUUAAAGUUAGAGCCAUCAACGACAAUGGUCCUGGGCAAUGGAGUGACAUCUGCAAGACUUCUCGCUCUUGCCUGUGAGCCACUCAUAGCAACAUGGCUGCCUACUCUGAAGCAUGAGCCACAUGAGGAGGGUGAAGGUUGUCGACACAGCCUGAAAACAACACUCUCUCCCACACCUCAGGUGGACCACGCUGCGGCAUAUCCUGACAGCUCCACAGAGGGUUCCAGCAGGCUUAAGCCCUCUGUCCAUAGUAGUCACCAGCUUGAGAACAUGCCCUUGGAUUGGCUUUUUCAACUUCUGUUUUAUUUCUCUGAGACCCCCCACUCCUGUUCCCUGGAGUCACUUACCAAAGUAAACUAG